UUACAUAUAAGUGCAUCUAGGGCGAGGCAUCAGUAUGGCAGCAAUACCGACCACCUACAAUGAGAAGGAGAAUACGUGGUGUGGAGCCAAGCGGAGCUCCAUCUAUGACUAUAAUAUAUCUGUGGGCAAGGUCAUCUUCAAUACCAUGAAGAAUUGGCCCAAAAACGUGUGUCAGAUUAACGACAUCGAUGGCGUCACUGUGACCAAUGAGCAGGGCAUCACCUGGGCCGUGCGCAUUGCGCAGUACCUGAAAAAUUGUGGCCUCAACCACAAGGACGUGAUUGGGAUCGCUGCUAAAAAUACCACCUACGUCAUGCCUUUGGGCGUGGCCUGCCUCAUGAAUGGCACGCCAUUCCAUUCGGUGAAUCCCUUGCUCGACGAAGCCACCGUUAAUUACGUCUUUGCAAUAACGAAGCCGAUGCUAAUAUUCUGUGAUGGUGCCGAUUACCAGAAAAUUCGCGCGGCUACGCUAGGCUGGCAUCCAGAGAUAUACACUUUGAGCGAUCCCAUUGAGGGCGUGCCCAAUAUAGAGACUCUGUUGGAUCCAACUACCACCGAAAUGUUCUAUCAACCGGAGCCUUUGAAGACUGGCGGCGAUCAAACCGUGGCCAUCUUGUGCUCCUCGGGCACCACAGGCUUGCCCAAAGCCGUUUGCAUUUCGAAUAGUAUUUUAAUACAGGAUAGCUUGCUCGUGACUAGCGAAUCGGUGAUCUUUGUGGCCAGCUCGCUGGACUGGCUAACUGGGCUGUUGGCCUUCGUCUUCAGCACUGUGUUCGGCUGCACUCGCAUCAUAACUAACCGACCCUUUGAGCCGUCCUACUUUGUGGAGCUGGUCCAGAAGUACAAGAUCAACUAUGCCGUGGUGCCGCCCAGGCAUCUGUCUGCCCUGGUCACCUGUCCACAGGCCACGCCAGAAGCACUACAGCCGUUGCGUAUGCUGAAUUACGGCGGAGGCUUGGUAUCCCUAACCACACUGCAGCGUGCCCAGGAGAUAUGCAAGUCGGCCAUGUUCAAUUCGGGCUACGGCAUGACCGAGGUGGGUGCCAUAACAGUGAACAUUGGCAUUAGCAAUACCGCCUCAGCGGGCCGGCUCCUGCCGGGCAUCAAAAUUCGCAUUGUCGACGAAGACGGCAAGAGCCUAGGCUAUAACCAGGUGGGCGAAAUCUAUGUGCACACGGGACAGGCCUGGAACGGCUAUUACGGCAAUCCCGUCGAGACGCGACGUAUGCAGGAUUUCGAAGGCUGGUUCCAUACUGGCGACCUGGGCUACUUUGAUGAGCAGAACUUCCUGUACAUUGUUGAUCGGAAAAAGGAGAUCCUCAAGUACCAGGGACUGCACUACUGGCCCACCGAAAUCGAGGGCAUCAUUGCGGAGCUGCACCAGGUGCAGGACGUUUGUGUCGUUGGCAUCUACGACGAGCGUUCAGGCGAUGCCGCUGGCGCUCUGAUUGUCAAGCGUGCAGGCUGCGAAAUCAGCGCCAAGGAGGUGAUUGAUCAUGUGGCCAAGCGCCUGACGGGCAUGCAGAAGCAGCUGCGCGCUGGAGUACGAUUUGUGGAUAAGCUGCCGGCCAACGUGAACGGGAAGACUAUGCGCAAGAGCGCGAAGGAGGUGUUUCUUGCUCAGCCCAACUGAGCCAAUGAACAAAUAUUCACCUGAAUUGUAUAUUUUACGUUAUGAGAAAGAGUACUUGAGAGCCGGCUGAUAAGGGGCUUAACAUGAAUGAACACAAACAAACAGA